CGUCCAGCAUGCAUCCAGCGUUCCAACCUCCAACUCAACUCACAGGCUUCACGGCUGGCAGACCUCAGAGCCCGGCCGGCGGCGGCAAAACCAUGCAAGAGAGGCUGUCGUUCCGUGCGAUUCGGCCGAGCAAAGGUGCCCUAGCUACUCUCUCUUGGGCAAAGCAAAGGUGCCUCCUCCUCCGGAUUACUCACUCAGUGACAUGGCCAUUAGUCAAGCAGCAAGGCUCGCCACCAUGCUUAUGCUACUGCCGUUGCUGCUCAUUUCUUGCGGAGUCGGGAGCAUCCUUUGCUCGUCAAUGACGACGGUCCAUGAUAACAGCACGGAUAUGAUCUCGCUGCUAGAUUUCAAGCGGGCCAUCACCAACAACUCAAGACAAGCCUUGAGAUCUUGGCACGCGAGCGUCCCUCUUUGCAGUUGGGAGGGCGUCCACUGCAGCUCGGGGCGAGUCACUAAACUGUACCUCAGCGACCGAGGGUUGUUGGGCCGGAUAUCCCCCUCCCUUGGCAACCUAACGUUCCUUAGGACACUGGACCUGUCCCAAAAUGGCUUCACCGGCGAGUUACCUCCUCUCAACCGUCUCCAUAGACUGGAAUACCUUGACUUGGGACACAAUUCAUUGCAAGGGACGAUUCCAGAUACUCUCACAAACUGCUCCAAGCUACGGAUCCUAGACCUAUCUGCCAACUUACUAAUGGGUGAAAUUCCCCUUGGUACAGGUCGCCUAUCCAAUCUAAGGAAAAUAUGGCUUUCCUCAAAUAAUCUCACCGGAGCAAUCCCACCAAGCCUAAAAAAUAACAGUCAGCUUGAAGACAUCGUGCUUACUGAAAAUAAGCUCAUGGGGACCAUUCCUGAUGAGAUGGGAAUUUUCCCAUCUCUUGUUAAUUUAGACCUUGCUGGAAAUAUGCUAUCAGGUGGAAUUCCAGAAACCUUGUACAAAUACAAUCAGUCUUCUCUCCAAUAUUUAUACUUAUAUUCCAAUAUGCUUGGGAAAACAGUGCCGUCGAACUUUGGUGACACCCUCCUGAGUCUUAAACAUCUCUGUUUGGACAACAACAAUUUUGAAGGUCAUCUCCCUGCUUCACUAGGCAAUAUUUCAGAGCUAAGACUGUUAAACUUGUCGUCCAACAAUUUCAUUGGUCAAGUUCCAGGUUCUUUUGGUAAUCUUGCACUGUUAGAAUACCUAAUCCUUCAGCGAAACAACUUUUGGGGCUUCAUCCCAAUAGAGCUUGGUGACUUAAAGCAGCUCACCCAUCUAGAUCUGUCUGAUAAUAAUCUGCAAGGUGGGGUGCCAUGACACAGAGUAUAUUUGUUGAAAAUAACAGUUCCGUCUCACUUGAAGGCAACAUGGACCUUUUUUGGAGGAACACUGGAUCUGCUCGCAUGUCCCGCCAUCUCUCGGAGAGAAGAAACAUAGUAUGUUCUACCUGAUUAUUGUACUACGUCAUAACAAUACUUAGUUGCAUGUCACUCAUAUUCUUUGGCCUAUUUUAUGCUCACCAAGAAGACGUCAAGAGCAAACCUAUCAUUGUACUACCUGAUUAUUGUAAUUCACGGGGUUGGGACCUUCCGAACCUUCACUUUGGCAAAUAAACGAUCCACUGAGAUCGUGGCUCUCAGUGCUCAAUCAGCAAAACAGAUUAAAAGGGGAGUUGCACAUAAACAAUGCUGGGCGAUUGCCAACCACUCCAUUGUAUUGUUUACAAGCUAAGUUAGGCACGUCUUAAUCUUUUCA